AUGACUGGACGCGGCAAGGGCGGUAAGGGUCUCGGAAAGGGAGGUGCCAAGCGCCACCGUAAGAUUCUUCGAGACAACAUCCAGGGUAUCACUAAGCCCGCUAUUCGACGUCUCGCCCGUCGUGGUGGUGUCAAGCGUAUCUCAGCUAUGAUCUACGAAGAGACCCGUGGUGUCCUCAAGUCCUUCCUCGAGGGCGUCAUCCGUGAUGCCGUCACCUAUACCGAGCACGCCAAGCGCAAGACUGUCACCUCGCUGGACGUCGUCUACGCCUUGAAGCGACAGGGCCGCACCCUGUACGGUUUCGGCGGUUAA